AUGUUUAUGUUUCAUUACACCUCUGGUAAGAGAGGUAACACUUUGCUCCAAUCAACCACCUCUCAAACCAUUGAAAAGGAAACGGCCAUACUGCUCUUGAAAGAAGAACAACGUCUUAGGAGAGAGCCUCGCAUUCAAAAAGCCUUCACUGAAGCUGAUGAUGAUCUCGAUCAAUUAGAACAAAUUACAGUGCAAUUACAAGAAGAAGCAGUGGCGAAUGUAUUGGGACGAAGAAGAAACUCAAACCUGGCUGUAGAUUCCUAUUUCAAUGAUUUCAUGAAUGCUUAUCGGAACUUGCGAGGUAGAUUCAAAGAUGAUCCCGAAGUGAAUACUCUCACGUACUACUUUAAAUAUGAUAUUUCGAGAGCAUGCUCUCUUGAAUUGAACACUCACUUGGAUUUGAGUGGUAUUAAGGUCGUUGAUUUGAUGGAUUUCUAUAGCAAUAGAGAUGGAGCCAAUGAUCAUUUGACGUUGGAAAAGACUCGUUCCCAAGAGUUGUCUCUCACGUACACAACCACACUCAGUGAAUUGUUGAACAAGAGAAAUCCCAAUAAUUUACCAGUAGCACUCAUUGGAGCCAGUUAUUCCUGA